CGUUCUCCGAGUGCUGGUCGCACUGUAGAGCGUAAAUUUCUGAUUUUUAAGGUAAAUCAGUGGUUGGCGGUCUCACUUGUUCCACUGUCAGGGUCUCGGAGCUACUAUGGGCCUAAAACCCCAGCACCCGGCCUUCCCCUGCAAGCUGAGUCACACGGCGCCGAUACUCGUCGGGAAGAAGCCCUGAAGUUGAAGAGGAAAGAAGAGGAGUCAGGCAUGGCUCUUUCUCAGGGAUCGUUGACAUUCACUGAUGUGAACAUAGAGUUCUCUCAGGAAGAGUGGGAAUGCCUGAACCCUGCUCAGAGGACUUUGUACAGGGACGUGAUGCUGGAGACCUACAGGAACCUGCUCUCUGUGGAUGAUGGCUUUCAGAAUGUUUUAUGCUACUUCGUGGGUAUCAGAUAUAUGCAAGAUAUCUUUUACAAACCUGUGAUCAAGAAAUUACAACUGAAAACAAACUCUGAUAGAGGAGAGGUAUUCAAGUCAUGGAUACUGGGAAGACCUGAAAGGAAUGAAAUGGACCUUUCUUACCUUAGGGUCAUUCAGGAAAAUAUAUAUGACUUUCAGUCUAAGCAGAAAGAUGAGGAAGAAAAUUACAAAGGAAUGCUUAUAACCCAUAAUGAAAAUCUAACUGAUAAUAAAGAUCAACAUGAUGAAAGUGUUUCCAGCAUCAAGCCUAUUGAAAAUUGGCUUGCCUUAAGCUUUCAGAAUGAACUGCAUAUUUUUAAAAGUGAAGACAAAACUGAUAAAUUCAUUCAAGCUGACAAGAUUCUCAACAGUUGUGCCCCAUUUUCACUGCUUCAAAGAAUUUCUUCUAGUGUAGAAAUGAAUGUUUCUGAUAUAUAUUGGAGUAAUUACAUGCAUCCUUUAAUAGUGACACAAAACCAGGAAGCACAGAGGGAAAGACUUUACAAAUGUGGUGAAGAUGGCAAAAUCUUUCUUCAGAGAUCAAACCUCAGUAGACAUCAGGUCGUCCAUACAGAGGAGAAACUACAUAUAUGUGAUGUAUGUGAAAAAGUCUUUAGUCAAAAUUCACACCUUGCAGAUCAUCAGAGAAUUCAUACUGGAGAAAAACCUCACAGAUAUAAUGAGUGUGGCAAGCUCUUUGGUCAAAAAACACACCUUACAAAUCACUUGAAAAUUCACACUAGAGAGAAACCUUACAAAUGCAAUGAGUGUGGCAAGUUCUUUAGUCAAAAAGCAACCCUUACAUGUCAUCAGAGAAUUCAUUCUGGAGAGAAACCCUACAGAUGUAAUGAGUGUGGCAGGGUCUUUAGGGAAGAGGCAACCCUUGUGUUUCAUCAGAGAAAUCAUACUGAUGAGAAACCUUAUAAAUGUAAUGAGUGUGGGAAGUCCUUCCNUUUUCUGGGCUAA